AUGAUUGUCCAAGAGCCUAUACAGGUUAUCGUUUGGGAUUGUCUCAAUAAUUAUGAAUAUGAUAAUGCUAUAUUUCUGGCCGAAAGAUUACAUGCUGAAGUUUCCUCUGAGGAGACGGCAUUUCUUUUAGGAACAUGUUAUUAUAGAGCUGGACGUGUGAAUGAAACUCAUCAUUUACUACAAAAUAUAUCUUUAACUUUACCACAAGCAAGAUUUCUCUUAGCAAAAUGCUCAGUUGAUCUUAAAUCAUACAAAGAUGCUGAAAUUGCAUUAGGAACCAAUUUAGAUAUUGUAGCUUCUGAAUUUGGUGAACAAGCCCCAUAUGCAUUACAGUUGCUUGCAAAAAUUUACAACAUUACAGAGAGGAGAAGUAAAGCUGCUGAGGCUCUCCGGAAAGCACUGUCUAUGAAUCCAUUUAUGUGGAAAUCAUUUGCCUUACUAUGCAACAUGGGUGAAAAAGUCGAUCCUCAUAAUGUAUUCCAAAUUAACAACACUGAAUUUACAUUUGGUGUUUCCACAUUAGUGAAUCUAGUCAGCAAUUCAGAAAAUAUUUCAUUUGUAAAUAGUAAAUAUCCUAACAAUACUAUUAAUACAAAUGUGACGCCUAAUAAUGUUGCCCGAACACCUAUGAAUAUGUCUACAAGCAUCACACCAGAUGUUCAAGCCCCAAAUGUUAAGAGAAUGUAUAGUGUAUUUAGUGGGAUAGUCCCUAUUCCAGCUUCUCCCUCGUUCGGCAUGUUACCUAUGGAAGAAUCUCCUAUUUUAUAUACUCCAACCUUAACGGAUGCCAAUGAACAAAAAGCUCUACCGAAUAUAGUUAACUCAUUAAGAGCACAUGUCAGUCAACUAAAAGAUGCAGUAUUUAGUCCAGGACCACGGUGUACAUUGGGACCUGCACCUCGGAGAUCUUCUAGGUUGUUUAGUAAUAACAAUAGUAGUUAUUCAGUUAAAGAAAACAAUAAGUCUCCAAGUCGUAAGUUCGUCGCGCCUAAAAGCCCGUCUAGGAAAAAUAAACAACGCACAGCCAAAAAUAUCAAAAGUAACACUGAAUCCAGUGAAAGAAAUAAAAGUAUAGAAACAAUAACUCCUACCUUAACGCCAAAGAAUACCAACGGUGUAGCACUAUUAAAUUUACUAAAGGAAUUAGGAGAGGCUUAUAAAUCAUUAUCUUUCUUAGACUGUAAAACAGCUAUAAAACUAUUUCAAGAGAUACCUCCAAAGCAACUCGCGUCGCCCUGGGUCCAGACCAUGAUAGCUCGUGCGCAUUACGAACUGGCGCAGUACGAAGCCGCUACUAAAAUAUUCUCAGAUAUUAGGAAAAACUACCCAAAUCGCACGGAAGGCAUGGACAUUUAUAGUACAUGUCUUUGGCACUUGCAACGUGAAGCUCAAUUAUCAGCAUUAGCCCAAGAACUAGUAGAACUAAACAGAAACGAUUCAACAGCGUGGCUGGCGGCAGGCAACUGUUUUUCAUUACAUAAAGAGCGGGAAACUGCUUUGAAAUUUUUCAAACGAGCUGUACAAAUAGACCCAGACGCAGCAUAUGCGCACGCUUUGCUAGGCCACGAAUAUGCCGUGGCAGAAGAGACUGAUAAAGCACUUUCCAGCUUUAGAACAGCUGUUAGUAUUGAUCCUAGGAAUUAUGUAGCUUGGUUCGGAAUUGCGACGGUUUACGCGCGCCAAGAGCGUUGGAAAGCGUCGGAGGUUCAUAUCCGUCGGGCAUUGGCGAUACAUCCGCACUCGGGCGUGUUGCGAUGCCAACUCGGUCUAGCACAGGCGGCCUUGGGCAAAAUGGAUCGAGCAAUCGCUACUCUAGAGAGAGCAGUCGCUUUAGACACGGAGAAUCCCCUCUGUCGCUUUCACAGAGCAUCGCUAUUACUCCGCGCCGGCAGGCCACAGGACGCUCUCACUGAUCUACACCAUUUGAAAGAUAUUGCUCCUAGAGAAUCUUUAGUAUACUAUUUAUUGGGAAAGGUACACAAUAAACUGGGUAACUCACAUCUCGCUCUGAUGCACUUCAGUUGGGCCACCGACUUGGAUCCCAAAGGUACAGGUGGACAUAUAAAAGAAGGUUUUGACCCCUCAAAACAGGAAGACACCCCCGAGAGAUCGUCC